GGAGAUCCGUCCACGCUUUCUGUGGGGCAGAGAGCAAAGGAGACACGCUGAAGCGGAUGAAAGGGGGAGUGAGAGAAACAUUGCGGCGAGGAGGAGAGGCGUGCCAACAAUCAAAUAUUUUGGACGGGAGCACGUCUCGGAGAGCACAUGGCAACGCAUCAAUUACGCAGCGUCACAGAGCCGCUGGGAGAGAAUAGGGCCUCCCUGAGGUGUUGCCAACCAUUGCUGCUGGUUAUUCAGCCCGGAUUUAUGCAGACUGAGCGGGGAGUCUCGCGCAAGGACAAGGUCCGGACGGACACGCGGCUCGUGCGCCCGGCCACUCGCUGCAGAAUGCAGGGAUUGAGCUCCAGGGCGCACGCCUUCUCCGUGGAGGCGCUGGUUGGGAAACCCUGCAAGAGGAUGAAAGUGUCAGAGAGGCUCGGAUCAAGUUCAGAUGGAGGCGCCGAUGGUACCGUCUGCACCGGCCAACGUUCCACCAACCAGGCUCAGCAGGCGGGUUCAGCCCUCAGGAGGCCUGAGGACACUUCCAGUGAGCCGCCCGGACAGACUGACAGACCCGCGUCGGAGGACUCUGAACCGGCCUGCGAGGACAGCGACUGCCGGUCAGACGGAGAGGCCCGGGUGGAGCUGCAGGGCUCCGAACUGUGGAAGAGAUUCUACGAGAUCGGAACCGAGAUGAUCAUCACUAAAGCUGGCAGGAGAAUGUUCCCAUCCGUGCGCGUCAAAGUGCGCAAUCUGGAGCCUUGCCAGCAGUACUACAUCGCCAUGGACGUGAUGCCCGUGGACUCCAAACGCUACAGGUAUGUGUACCACAGCUCGCAGUGGAUGGUGGCUGGAAACACGGACCACUCCUGUAUUUCUCCACGGCUCUACGUGCACCCGGACUCGCCGUGCACAGGAGAGACGUGGAUGCGUCAGGUCAUCAGCUUUGACCGGGUCAAACUCACCAACAACGAGAUGGAUGAUAAGGGGCAUAUCAUUCUGCAGUCGAUGCACAAGUACAAACCACGUGUGCACGUCAUCCGGCACGACCCGCGGAUGGACCUGUCUCAGAUCCGCUCUCUGCCUGCUGAAGGGGUGCACAGCUUCUCCUUCCUGGAAACUGAGUUCACCACAGUGACAGCCUACCAGAACCAGCAGAUCACAAAACUGAAGAUCGACAGGAACCCCUUCGCCAAGGGCUUCAGAGAUCCAGGAAGGAACAGGGGGGUUCUGGAUGGCCUGCUGGAGUCCUACCCCUGGAGAGGCCCUCUCAGCUUGGACUUGAAGCCUUUCGCGCUCCAGCUCCAAGGCAGUUCGGGUUCGGGCAGCAUGAAGAGCCUUUUCCCUCUUCCCUCAUCUCCGGCCCUCCUCCCACACUUUGGUUUCUCCUGCCAGGACGCUGCCCUUCACACCCUCGCUCUUCCGCUCUACGGCAAAGCUUCUGCCACCGGCGUUUCCACACCAGGCGGCGAGGCCUUCCUCCUAAACGGAGAGAAACAGAGGAGCUUUCCCCCGCUGCCUCCUCUCUCAGACCUCCCGCUCCUCUCGACGCUCCAGGGGAGGAAACCUCGUCUUCACAGGCCUCUGGGGAGCCUUCCCCCUCUUUACAGCUCCCACUUCCUCCCUGAUCUCGCUGAAGCUUCAGGCCCCUGCUGCCUUUACCGCUACAGCCUCCCCCUGAGCUCCCAACUCAUUUCCCGGCACCCCAAACUAGCCGAGGACACCUCAGACUCUCUGCUGCGCCAGUUUCCAUGGCAGCUAACCGCCAACCACUGCCUCUGACAGCUGGACCACACUCACAGGCAGAACAAGCCAGCAAAACAUGCUCAUGCAAAGGAGAAAUGAGACUGUGGGAAGGAUUUUUUUUAUAUAUAUGUAUAUUUAAAAAGGGGGGGUUGGAUUUACCAGCACAAAAAAAACUGAGCUAAAAAGAAAAUCAUUUUAAAGCAGUUUUGAUUUGGACUAAAUGAUUUUUUUAAAGUCAGCAGUAAAACCAAAGGUAUGUAGCAUGGUAAACUGUUAAAACAAACCUCACAAGUGCCUAUUAAAGUAUUUUCACGUUCUUGGUA